AUGGGGCCGGGGCUGCGGCUGCUCUGCGUGGCGGCGGCGCUGCUGGGGGCGGCGGCUCCGGGGCAGCCCCGGGGGGCGGCGGCCGCGCUCCCCGCCGGCGACGGCGACGGAUACGGAGUGAAGCUCUGUGGCAGAGAGUUCAUCCGCGCCGUCAUCUUCACCUGCGGCGGGUCCCGCUGGAAGCGGCUCUCCCUGCUGGCGGUGGAGCCGCCGCCCGAUUCUGCACGAACACCAAGUAACAAACUGCUGGGGAACUUCAAGCUGCAAUCAUUCUGGGGUCCUGAAAUGGAGCAGCUGCUGAGAAGCAGCCCGAUUCUUGGAUGGGAGACGUUUAAGGACUUGUAUAGCUUAAACGACUAUAAUGAAUAUGCAGCUAUGGCAGAUGACUUCAAAGAAUUUGUUCAUCAGAUAGAAGAAGCUGUUCAGGAUAGGGAAGGGACAGAAAUUGCAAACCCCAUGGGAUCAAGCAGUAUCCUUUGGGCCAGGUAUCCCAGAAGAAAACGGGAACCUCUGGGUUUGGCAGGAAUGUGUUGUAAAUGGGGCUGUACAAAAGCUGAAAUCAGUACUAUAUGCAGAGUUUAAAACCCUCUCUGCAGUAAUGCAUGAAAUCAAUGUUCAUUGCAGUGGUACUUGAUUGAAUACUGUACGAGGAAGAAAACUCUCACUGUAUUUUUUUGUCUGUAUGUGCCAGUCAAUACUGCUGGUUUUCUUUAAAGAAAAAAAAACUCAGAAGUGUAAU